UAAAAUCAACAUAAUGAAUUGUUAUGUUGUAUGAAGAAACAAGAUGAGAGAGAUAAAGAAAUUGGACAAGUUUAUUAAAAUCAACAUAAUGGAUUGUUAUGUUGUAUGAAGAAACAAGACGAGAGAGAGAAAGAAAUUGACACCUUAUGAACGAAUCCGUAAAACCUAAGCCCAUGAUUAGGAAAAAGCAGGCCCAAGAAAGGCAAAGGGUGAUAAUGCCUCCAGAUUUUGUCACUGUUUUCCUUGUCAAUCCUUCAGUUCUGCAACACAAACUUCCUUCAUUUUCUUCCAUAGUAAUCCACUCCUCAAUCUUUGGAGCUAACGAAUGUCUUCAUGAUUUCAAGCUAAACCCCUCAAUUCAAAUACCCAAUUCACCCUAAAACUCCUUCACACAUACCAAACAAACUUCUUUUCUCCCAAUUCAAUUCCCAUGUCUGACCUCGAUGACAUUUUCUUAGAUGCAGACGAUUUCAAGUCAUGUUUACCCUUAAAGAAAGUCCCAUACGGAGACGUUUUCGAAGCUUCAAGAGCUGGAGACGUCGACCGUCUCAAAUACCUUUUGGAGUCUGGUGUUAACGUUAAUGCGAGGGACCAAUGGGAUUCAGUCGCCCUUUAUUAUGCUUGUCUUGCCGGUCAUCUUGAUGCUGCCCGAAUGUUACUGGAGAGUGCUGCUAUAUGUUCUGAGCAUACUUUUGAUGGUGAUCGUUGCCAUUACGCUGCCCUUAAUCUUAAGGUUAGGAAGCUCCUUAAGGCCUUUGAAGCUCGGCCUCCUCCGCUUGGACCUUUGCAAGGUGCUUUAAGAGAUACUUUCUUGGCUUGUUGGGCUAAUAGGAAAUUUUUCGAACAAUCUGAAGGUCAAGUGCCUAUUUCGGGUAAUUCAGAAAAUGGAGGAUUCAGCCCCAGUGACUUUCCUCCGGAUGUUGUAUUCUACGUGCAGGGUAGGCCUAUUGAGGCUCACAGAGUAAUCUUGACUGCACGGUCGCCUUUCUUCGAAAAGAAAUUUCAGACUGAGUGGAAGGAUAGAAAGGAAGUUCGAUUCUCUAGGGAAAAGCUAUCUUAUAUUGCUCUUUAUAGCCUCAUCCACUUCUUUUAUUCCGACAGGCUUGAUAUAGCAGUCGAUGACAUGGAAGAUCUUGUCAGAAUUUGCAAAGUUUGCAAAUGUCAGUCACUACAAAAAGUCCUUGAGAAAGAGUUGAUUCAUCAAAAAUAUGCCGAGUACAAAGCACUAAGGGACGUAGAUAACUCCCAAAAACGGUUCAUCUUGCAGGGAAUUUCUCUCCCAGAAGAAGACCGUCUUCCAAAUGCUUUGCAUAAAAUCCUUCAAAUUGCUCUUGUGAAUUCCAACAGAGAUCAGAACUUAAAUCUCGAUGUUGAUGGUCUUAUAUGUCUUGUCAGUUCAAUGCAGAUUAGUGAGUUUGAAGAUGAUCUUGCAGAUGUUUGUGUUAGAGUUGAUAAGAAGAUCUUUCGUUGCCAUCAAGUGGUCUUAGCAUCAAGGUCUGAAUAUUUUAAAGCGAGGUUGUCACGCAUGAAGCAUUUUCUGGAAGGGAGAGAUUGUUUACCUGAUAAUGCACUUCCAUGCAUUGAAGAACAUGAUUUGACCGUUGGAGCUUUUAAGAAAAUGAUAGAGUAUAUGUAUACUGAUGGGUUGAGGGACAUUGACCCUGAUCAAGCUGAAGAAAUGUUUGAUGCCGCUUCAAGGUACCUGUUGUUUCCCCUUAAACGGGUUGUAGCAGAUGCACUGCUGCCACAUUUGGAAAUGGUUUCUCCUGCUGAGUUGUGCCAUUGGCUGGUAUUGUCAGACAUGUAUGGUGUUGUUAAGAUUCGGGAGUAUUGCCUAGACGCAAUGGCAUGCAACUUUGAGACAUUCGCGGAUACUCAAGAGUUUAGGGCAAUGCUUUUGACCCUCCCACCACCAUCUGGCGAUUCCUCACUUCGUACUACUGCCCCAAGUGCUCCAGGAGCUGAGAUGAGCAGCAUAGCUGAAGGAAACGUUUUGGACGAUCUGCGAGAGAAAUGGCUUGAAGCUGAAGCUGCCGAACUUGAUGAGAGAGAUGAGAGUGCAUUACUUUUUGACAAGCGCCUUGAGAUGCUCAUGCAAAUUGCAGAACGAGAAAAAACUAAUGGGCUUGAAUGUAAUGCAAGUAGUGAACAAGAACUUGUAUGAGUUACAUUUCUUUUAUUUUUUGAAUCUUAUAAAUGUGUUGUUUGUUCAUGUAGCAAAGGGAAUCCCACAGAGGAAAAUAAAAAUAAUCUUAUAUGUGAA